AUGGAGGCGGAGAGCGCAGCUUUUCCGAAUGCCUGGAAUGCCGGCGUUCGCGCAAAAGGCGAUGGCGAGAAAGGCAAGGGCCAGAAGGGAGGAGGGAAGGGAGGGAAGGGCGGGAAGGGCGGGAAGGGAGGGAAGGGAGGGAAGGGCAAGGGCAAGGCCGGAAAAGCUGGCAAGGGUCCACGGGAGUCGGAGGAGCUGCCCGAGGAACGCCGAGACAUUUUGAUGGGCGAGUUGGAGGCCUUGGCUGCAGGCACCGAGACCGGCGCCGUCCCUCGCGUGGGGGAUCGCGUCAUCCUGCAAGUCCUGGGCAAGGAUCGAGCAGAGCUGCAUGGUCGAACUGCGACAGUUCGAGGUGUCCUGCCUGGUGCCCUCGCUGCCUUCACGAUGCGACUCGAAGAGGGAAAGGACGGAACAGAAGGAAGGGAGGUGACGGCCUCUGCAGAGGACCUUCGUGUCGUAGAGGCUGCUCCUUUUGGUGCGCUGCCCGAGGGAUCCCUGACUUUCCCGAAGUCUUUGACGGGCUUAGAGCGGAAGUUCGUGCACGAAGCGGCGGAGGCUCUGGGCCUUGUCUCGCAGAGCUUCGGCCAAGGCCCAGAGCGCUACAUCACCGUCUUCCGCCCCGCCCAGGGAGCCCCUGCCACGGGCGUCGGCGAUCCGCAGCCCGCGCAGGAGCCAGCGGAGGACGCGGAGGACGCGGCGGAAGCGGAAGCAGCGGAAGUUUGGAUCUCGGGAGUGGUGCUGGAUGAAGGCAGCCAAAACUCGCUGAAGAGUGCUGUUGGAGUGCCCGACGACUGGCACGUCUUUGCCGAUCGUUGUGAGCUAUGCCGCGGGGCUUUGAGCGACCCGAAGCCACUUGCGGCAGCCAGGGACUUCAAGCGAUCCGUCACAGCAGAGGCCACCCUGCAGCUCCAACGGCUGCGCCCUGCUGCGUCAGCGGAGAUGCGCGUGGCGACACUGGCCCGAGGCGAGGAAGCCAUCGCCGUGGGCGUGCUGGGGCUGCCAACGUUGGAUCGGAAUCCGCAUGUGCUGGUCGCUGCUGCGCCCGGACUCGCCGCACGUGGCAGGGUCGCACGCGGCAGGGUGGAGAGGUGUCUGGGCGGCGUGCGCUGGGAGCCUUGGACGGGGGAAGCGCUCCUCCUCCGCGGCCAGCUGAAGCAGUGGCACAAGGCGGAGCUCUACGAAGAGGAGCGAGACCUGAGAGUCGGAGCCGUCGGGCUGCCACCCCCCAAGUGUGGCUCAGAAGCGAGUCUUCUGCAACGGGCCUCCAUUGCCAUUGCGGUGAAAACCAGAGCGGCACCACCGGCUGGCUUGCCGGGCACCUCCGAGGCAGCUGUUGUCUUCGGCGCUCAGGCGGCGGCACUCCCAGCGCUGUGGCGGGGACGCUCCGUCGUGGAACUCGGCUGCGGAACCGGCUAUGUGGGGCUGCUCCUGGCGCAGUUGGGCGCCCGGGUGACGCUCACGGACCUGCCGAAGUUCCAGGAAACCGCCGCCGCUUCCAUCCUGGCCACAGGACCCCACAUCCAGCCGCCAGGCAGGGCAAGCUUCUGCUGCCUCGACUGGUCAGAGUUAAACUCGGACUCCGCCCGAGCGCUGCUGCGCAGUGCCCACGUCCUCGUCGCCGCCGAGCCGGUCACCUGCCAGUGCUCGGAAAGGGACUUCCUGAGCCUCCUGGAGGCGGUACUGGGCGGAGGAUCACUCCUUUGUCCUCGGCUCGAAGGUUUCCUCGUGGCGCACAAGCAUCAGCAGAACUUCUGCAUCGGCGGUUACAGUGCGCCUUCGCGCGAAGCGGCCCCGGGCAUCGUUCUUUCGGACAGUUGCGACCGCUGCACCUUCCGCCGAAAGCUGCAAGAUGUAGGUGCUUCCAUCGGCGCCUUUGCCAUCGAACCCCCAAGGGAGUUUGCUCACCCCUUCGUCGAGUGCUGGGAGAUCCGUUUGCCGUGGAGAUGA